UUUGGAGGCAAACGUAGUAUGAAUAUGACGACAUUACCCACCACCUACAAUGAGAAGGAUAAAACCUGGAGUGGUGCGAAACGUAGCUCCAUCUUUGACUAUGACACAUCUGUGGGCAGAAUAAUAUUCAAUACCAUGAGGAAUUGGCCAAAAAACGUGGUUCAGAUUAACGAUGUUGACGGCGUAUCAGUAUCAAAUUCUCAGGCUAUUACUUGGGCCAUACGGAUAGCACAGUUUUUGAAAAAACGAGGACUUGACAACACGGAUGUGAUCGGUAUUGCUGCUAAAAAUACCACUUACCUUAUGCCCUUGGGAAUUGCCUGUCUAAUGAACGCCACACCUUUCCACGCCGUAUCUCCCAUGCUGGACGAGGAAACCAUUAAAUAUCUUUUCGGUAUAACGAGGCCAAUGCUAAUAUUUUGUGAUGGACAUGAUUAUAAGAAGAUACAUUCGGCUACCCGAGGCUGGCAUCCUGAAAUAUAUACAAUGAUCGAUCCUAUUGAGGGUGUGCCCAAGAUAGAGAACCUGCUGGAUUCCACAACAACUGAAAUGCUCUAUCAACCGGAACCUCUGAAGACUGGUGGAGAUCAAACUGUAGCGAUUUUGUGUUCUUCUGGGACUACCGGAUUACCGAAAGCCGUCAGCAUAUCAAAUAGUAGCCUUAUUCUGGAGAAUAUGCUCGUCUCCAGUGAAUCGGUAACAUAUUCAUCCAGCUCUUUGGAUUGGAUGACUGGUGUUUUUAUGUUUAUAUUUAGUACAGUAUUUGGCUGUACUCGAAUCAUAACAAAUAAGCCCUUCAGUCCGGAAUACUUCGUACAACUGGUGAAGAAGUACAAGAUCAAUACUGCAAUGGUACCUCCCAGACAUCUGUCCGCUUUGGUAACUUGUCCGGAUGCCACGACAGAGGCUCUCGCGCCACUAACUAUGCUCAGCUUUAGCGGAGGAAUGGCGACCUUAACCACGCUGAAACGCUUCCAGGAGAUUUGCAAAUCUGCUAUGCUCAAUUCCGGGUACGGCACAACUGAGACGGGUUACAUAACAGCUAAUUUUGCAAUCAGCAAUAACAACGCUACUGGAAGACUGAUGCCGGGCAUUAAAGUCCGAAUUGUCGAUGAAGAUAAUAAAAGAUUGAGCUAUAAUCAGGUUGGAGAGAUAUAUGUUCACAUUGGAAAGCCCUGGAAUGGUUACUAUGGUGAUGCAGUUGAAUCCCGACGCAUGCAAGACUUUGAGGGUUGGUUCCACACCGGUGACUUGGGUUACUUUGAUGAUCAGAACUUCCUAUACAUUGUCGAUCGCAAGAAGGAGAUCCUCAAGUACCAGGGUCUGUAAUAUUGGCCCACAGAAAUCGAGACAGUCAUUGCAGAGCUUCCGCAGGUGCAGGACGUUUGUGUUGUGGGAAUCUAUGAUGAACGUCAAGGCGAUGCAGCUGGUGCUUUGGUUGUCAAGCGCCAAGGAUGUGAGAUCAGUGCCAAGGAAGUCAUUGAUCAUGUGGCCAAGCGAUUGACUGGCCUGCACAAGCAACUCCAUUCCGGAGUUCGAUUCACGGAUAAGUUGCCCGCCAACGUCAAUGGAAAACAAUUCGUAAGGCUGCGCGGGAAGUGUUUGUUGGUCAAAAUGGAUCCAGUUAGUUACUUUAAGCUCUAUUGUGUCUUAAAAGAACGAUAAC